AGAGUUCAUAGGUCAAUCAAGAAGGAAGUGUGCUGAAUGUCAUCAACAGCCAGCGUGACUGAAUGUAUUAAACAUCAUUGUAUAAUCCAAUAAUAGAGCUUAUUAUCAUGCAACUUUGAUGUCGAUGUGAGCGUAUGGCGUCUUUCUUUAGAAGGAGUAUUGCAUCGAAGCUGUCAAGGAUUUUGGGACAGUCCGAAGAAGUAUUCAUAGGAGCUCUCUCUGCAGUUCCAGUCUCAAAGAAACAUUUGUCUCCAGAUUUCAGGCUCUCGGUGAGCACCUUAAUAAAAAAUGGAGUCAUCUCACCCAAAGGAGACAUCCAGUCACAGACAGAGGCCCUGGCCAAAGAGUUGGAGCAAGACAGUGUGGUGGAAGAGAUAUCUGCUGGACGUGGAGUUAUCAACUUUAAACUCAGCCGGAAAGUCCUGGUAGAGAAAAUAUUGCAGCAGUUGGGAGAGAGAGAUUUUAGGUUUGGUGCAAAAAGUGAACUUUUUGCUAGCCUUGAAAAAGGAACAACUUUGGUGGAAUUUAGUUCUCCAAAUAUAGCAAAAAAGUUUCAUGCGGGGCAUCUGCGUUCUACAAUGAUUGGUAACUUUAUUGCCAAUCUAAAAGCAUCAUUGGGAAAUGAUGUCAUAAGAGUGAACUACCUAGGAGACUGGGGCAUGCAGUUUGGAAUGCUAGGUGUUGGAUAUCAGCGUUUUGGUUGUCAGGAACAAUUGAAAAAGAAUCCCUUACAGCACCUUUUUGACGUCUAUGUUCAGGUGAACAGAGAAGCGGAGACCUGUGAUGACAUAUCCCAGGCUGCCAGAACAUUUUUCAGGCAGCUGGAAAAACAUGAGCACCCGGCCUUGUCACUAUGGCAACAGUUCAGAGAGAUCACAGUGGAGGAGUACCAGAAGGUGUACAAGCGUCUUGGGGUCCAGUUUGACGUCUACUCUGGGGAGUCUUUUCAUCAGGAACAAGCCCGGGAGGUAGUGCAGCAGCUCCAGACCCAAGGCCUUUUGAAAACUACUGAGAGAGGUACGAAUGUGGUGGAUCUCUCCCCAUCUGGAGACAUGUCCAGAUAUGCUACCGUCCUUCGCAGUGAUGGGACUUCUCUCUAUAUCACCAGAGAUAUUGCUGCAGCCAUAAAUCGAAAAGAAAAUUAUCACUUUGAUGAGAUGAUAUAUGUGACAGACAAAAGUCAAGAAACACAUUUCCAGCAACUGUUCCAGAUCCUAUCGACUAUGGGGCACCCAUGGGCUGAGAGGUGUCGCCACGUGGGGUUCGGCCUGAUACAGGGGAUGAAAACGAGGCGUGGAGAAGUCGUGUUCCUGGAGGAUGUGCUGGAUGAGGCCCGGAGCAGGAUGCUGAAGAACAUGAGCCUGUCCAAGACCACCAAGCAACUGGACGAUCCAGAGAAUACAGCUGAAAAAGUUGGAAUAAGUGCUCUUAUAGUUCAGGACUUUAAAGGACCCCUGACAUCAGAUUAUACGUUUGACUGGGACAGGAUGCUUCAAGCACACGGUGACACAGGGGUGUUUCUUCAAUACACUCAUGCACGCCUUUGCAGUUUGAUUCAGAGAUAUGGAGAUGGGGCCGGAGGUGCCUGUGAUCCGUCACUUCUACUGGAGCCAAGGAGCAUUGCAGUGUUCCAGCACCUCCUUCGCUAUGACGAGGUUCUAUACCAGGCUUCACAGGAUCUGCAGCCCAAACAUGUUGUCAACUUUCUCCUGACACUAUGUCACCUGGCCGGCUCUGCUCACAGGGAGCUUCAGGUGGGGGAAAGAACUCAAAAUGUUGCCCAGGCAAGGUUGAGGCUGUUUAUCGGGAUCUGCUCUGUCCUGGCCAGCGGGAUGAGGGUCCUGGGUAUGACACCGGUAAAGAAAAUGUAGCUAACAUUGAAGUGUACAAACAACUCUGUAUGCAAGUUGUCUCUGUUGUGUAAUGUAAAUACAUGUAAAGAGUAGGGAUGGGACGUAUGGCACUGACGCAUCAAUGCUUGUGUCGCAAAACCAAUACGCACAGUUUCGAAAGUGUUUUGGAGCUUGUAUUAAAUUACGAAACCACGUGACAGAUGACAUUCAAUGCUUCAAACCUCACGAACUGGUUCGAAGUUUUGCCGCUCUUCUGAACCAGAGCCAUGGAAGGAACGAAGCCACCGCUUCUUGUUAAAGACAAAUCUCACAUUGUCAGAGAAGCAGCACCAGGCAUCGCUAGAGUUUCUUCCAUCAGUCAUUAUUAUUUAGCCAAAUCCGUAUAGUAAUAAUUAUAAAUCCGUGCAUUUGUGUUGUGUUAUUUUAUUGAAAUGAAACGUAACAUGAUAGGACUAGGUAGGUCUAUACAGUGCCCAGAAAACAAAUGUUGAUGAUUCGUCAACAUUGUCAACAGUAAUAAUAAUUUGUAAAAAUAAAGUUCCCCCAGUUCACAAUAGACCUACAUAUCACAAAUGUUAAGAAAAAAUCGGUGUUAUCUAGUUUAAUUGAUAUAAAGACCAUAUCGUAUAAAGUCCGUCCACCCGCAACAAAAAGUAAUGAUUUCUUCGGUGGUGUAGUUGGUUAAAGCAUUGUACGCCAACAUAUUGUUCAUGCGAAUCUGGAAUCCUGAGUUCGCGCCUCAAUGCAGGGACCCUCGUACGACGUUCUUUAACUUUUACUGUGAGAAAAUGACAAUUCUAAAGGCCUACGGAUGUAUCACAACAUUUUAAUGUGUGAGAACUAAUAGCAGAUCAAAAUGAACACAUGUAGCCUUAAUUAAAUAUUGAAUAACGUAGGGUAGUCUACCGUCGGAGACAACCACUACGCCUCAUUCAGCCAGUUUUAGCGGCUGCUAGAUGACGCUGUUCAAUUUCAAUGCGCCGAUAGUUCGGCUCUUUGGGCCGGCACAAUCCGGAAGAAACCACCAAAGCUUCACAAGGCAUCGUUCGCCCAUCCCUAGUAAAGAGCCUUAUUUGAACCAAACAUGAUCAUGUUAAAUAAAUAGACCACAUUUUCCAUGGGUAUGUGUCAUUUACAGUCUUAUAUAAACGCCUUUUGUGUAUUCAGUUUAGUCAUGUACAGACAAAAACACAACAUACAUACUAAUCACAGAACUGUGUUGCCGCUAGGACAUUAUCAAACAUGUUUAACAGAACAUGCAUAUCGUCUAGAAGAUUCAGCACUGCCCAACACAGUGGUUCAUAAGGUUUAUAAGAAAACUGCAUUCCCUCAGUAAAAAGCAAGAGGGGAAUGAAAUACUGCUGAUCUUGUACUAUAAUUUGCGCCUCUGCUCCAUAUUCAUCAAGGAUAAUGCAGACACAAAUCACCUGUGUGCUGAAAGUCCAUUCCCUUGAUUAUGCUCCAGCAUCUCUGAUAUAAUGAUUAACCAAAUGUGUCAUGAUCCAUGGAAGCAGCGUCCUGACUGGACAGAGGCCUGUGGAAUGACUGUCAUGAGCAGCUACAGUGUUGAUAAGCUCCAGGCUCUACGUUCACACAGUUAUCAAUUUUUGUCGGGACUCCGUAUCCGUGUCCGCC